AGCCACAAGUAGUUCUAAUGGACCUUGUUCCUUCUACUCUUAACACUAGGUUCCCUGCAGACUAUUAUUCAAUAAUCAUCGUCUCUUGGUGACUGAAGAGAAGAGUUUAAGCAAAGAAUGGCAGCACAAGGGCUUGUGUCUUCUUCACUUACUUCCUCUGUUCAGACUGCUAGACAGAUAUUCGGCGCAAAACCAGCUGUGUCCGUAUCACAGAGGAAGGUUUCCUUGGUUGUUAAGGCUGCCUCAACUCCACCUGCCAAGCAAGGAGCAAACAGGCAAUUGUGGUUUGCAUCAUCACAGAGUCUCUCUUACUUGGAUGGCAGCUUACCUGGCGACUUUGGAUUCGAUCCGCUUGGUCUUUCAGACCCAGAGGGUACUGGAGGCUUCAUCGAGCCGAGAUGGCUGGCCUACGGAGAGAUCAUCAACGGGAGGUUCGCUAUGUUGGGUGCAGCUGGAGCUAUUGCACCUGAGAUUCUAGGAAAGGCCGGUCUGAUUCCUGCAGACACUGCUCUUCCCUGGUUCCAAACCGGUGUGAUUCCACCUGCAGGGACAUACAGCUACUGGGCAGACCCUUACACACUCUUUGUUCUCGAGAUGGCUUUGAUGGGUUUUGCUGAGCACAGGAGGUUGCAGGACUGGUACAACCCAGGAUCUAUGGGUAAACAAUACUUCUUGGGUCUAGAGAAAGGUUUCGCCGGUUCAGGUGACCCGGCUUACCCCGGUGGACCUUUCUUCAACCCUCUUGGGUUUGGAAAAGACGAGAAGUCGAUGAAGGAGUUGAAACUCAAGGAGGUCAAGAACGGUAGACUGGCAAUGCUCGCCAUCCUAGGCUAUUUUGUGCAGGGACUAGUGACCGGUGUGGGGCCUUACCAGAACCUUCUUGAUCAUUUGGCGGAUCCCGUCAACAACAAUGUCUUGACCAGCCUCAAGUUCCACUGAGAUGAUCAUAUCGUAUUCAUCUCAUGGUGUUUUAUGUUGGUUUCCCAUUCUCUUGUAUCCUAAAAUCUUGUUUGUUUCUCUUGGUACCAUCAGUUUCUUUGUGUUGUAACACCCUGUGUAAACAUAUUCGUCUUUUGUAAGAAAUAAUGGCCAUAAAGAACAACUUCUAGGAUUAA